AUGCCAUCCAGAUCGCGAACAAGGUCAAGGUCGCCGUUAGUGAGUUCAGUUAGUAAAGAAUAUGAUGAGAUAUCUAUAGAAGCAGAUGACCAAUUCGACAAGGAAGAAGAGGAGUUAAGUGUUAUUAAACAACUUGAAACAAUGCAGAAGAACAUGGUGCAAUUAGAUGUUGGGGGAUAUAAAUUCAAGACAACGAAGGAGACGAUAACAUUUAUUCCAUCUAAGCUGGCAAAGUUGAUGCAAAUCAAAUCUUCUAAUGGAAUUAUUCCGUCUUAUUUCUUGGACAGGGACCCAAAACAUUUCGCAGUAAUUCUCAAUUAUCUUCGAAACAAAGGACAGGUUUCUAUUCCAACCUUACCAAACGAGAAGGGAGCCUUGGCAGCAUUAAAAGUGGAAUGUGAAUAUUAUGAACUUACUGACUUUGUGGACAUAAUUGAAAGACAAUUAAAGGGAUUUUGUUCCUGCAGCAAGUAA